UGUCUCGAGGGGUGGGACUGAGGGACGGGUCAUUUCCUCUCACAGUCCUGAGAGAGAGAGUCUUCUCCAGAGCAGCUGCAGGUGUGUGUAGGUGUGUUACAGGUGUGAUGGACAUACAGGUGUGUUUUGCGCUCUCAUUGGUUGCUUCGUUGGCCAUCGUCAACGCUCAGGUGCCUCACUGGGGGGCGUGUCCCGAACCGAGCACUCAGCGUGGCUUCAACCUCAGACGGUUUAUGGGACGCUGGUUCGAGGUGGCUAAGCUCCCAGCACAGUUUGAGAAAGGGAAAUGCAUCGAGACGAACUUCACGCUGGUUUCUGACGGCUCAGCUCUCAUACAGAGCUCCGAGAUCCUGAACGGCGAAGUGAGACGGAUUGAAGGAACAGCUGUUGUUGAAGACCAGAAGAACCCGGCUAAACUGGGCAUCAGCUUCUCCUACAUUCUUCCCUACACUCCGUACUGGGUUAUCUCCACGGAUUACGUCAGCUCGGCCGUGGUGUAUUCCUGCACAGACGUUUUCAGGAUCUUCCACGUGGACUUUGCGUGGAUUCUGGGACGCAGCCGCUCUCUGUCCGAGUCCACCAUCCAGUGUGCGAAGCAGAUCUUCAUGGAGAACCGCAUCGACGUGAGCCGCAUGAUCGCCAGCUCACAGAAGGACUGCGACAGAACCACAGACAACCGGGCUGUGUUCCAAUCCUCUCUGUAGUGCUCCCUCGUUCACGCUCUUACUCAAGUUCCCUUGGUACUAAUCACUACAGAUGUUCUCUUUAUGUAUUUGUGUCUGUAAUGAUGAUUCUAGAACCAUACUAACAAGUUGAUCAUAUCUUCUGCACAAAUUCAACUAGUAAUGGAACCCCACACAGGAAUCUUCUCAUCUCAAUCACACACUUGUCAAGCAGCAGUUAGAUUCUAGAACCUCCGUGUUUCCAAUGUCUCAAGAACUAGAAUUCCUUAGACUUAACAGUAAAGGUUCUAGAACUUCCUGCAAACCCUCAAACUCCAUAACUGAUCUGAACUCUAGAACUUUUGCACUGAAGAUUGUAGAAUUACAGAACUGAGGAUACUCGAUUCAGAUUCUAGAAUCUUUCUACUGGUGGUGUGUAGGAGGUUACGACUGAUCUAAAUUUUAGAACCAUGCUAUCUGAAGCUGCUGAAACCAGGUCUGAAACAGUCGAACUUUUACACUGAGGAUUGGAGAAUUCUAGAACGGUGCUGAGGAUGCUCGAGCCAGCCUCUCGAGAAGUUUAGAACCUCUUUCACUCAAAACUCUAGAAGGGUCCAAUUGUAACUUGAAUUCUCAAACUUUGCCAUCUGAUGAUGCAGAGGAUCAGUAAUGGAGUCGAGAGUCCUGCUAUCUGAGGACUCUCGAAGCAGACGCCAAAUAAUAAUUCUAGAAAUGAAUUCCCCUCACUUUGAUCUAGAAAUUUCUAGAACCAAAACAUGCAGGCCAGACACCUGCACACUGAUUAAAUCUAGAACUACAAUCAUGCUACUAGAACCUUCACCGUCUGAGUCAAAUCCUCAUCUACACCAGAGGACAAUCAGAGACAGCUGUGUGUACGUGAGAGAGAUUUUUAAUAUAUUGUGUGUUUAUUGUUAAUGGAGUCACGUGAUGCACAUUGUUUCUAACUCACUGACCAUAUAUGAAAUGAAAAACAUGAAAAUAUAUCCCUCUAAACCAU